AUGAUGCAAAGUAACAUCUUGUUUCCUCGUCAAGGAAAAGACUUCCUAUUUUUUAUUCUCCUUUUUGUGUCAUUAGUAACUUUGGUAUUAGCUUCAUUGUGUGUUUAUGUAGGAAUUUUUGUUCAUCUUAAUACUCGUAUUGAAGAUCUUGAACAACCAACAUAUAACACUGUAAGUCAAGUCCCUGUCAAAUUCAUUAUUCCAUGGGAAGCAUUAACUCCAGCCAAAGACCAAGGGUCUCGUUCAACUUGUUGGUCUUUUGUUACUUCUGGGUUCUUAGAGUCUGCCUAUAAUUCUGAAGCUAAAAAGAAUCAUGGUCAUUCUUUAACUUCAUAUGUUUCUUUUAGCGAACAAGUUUUUGGAAUUAAGAUGAUUGAUACAUGUUCUGUACCUAAUCCAAGUCCUUACUGUACAAACGGACAGCGUUCUCAUAAUGCUUCUGAUGGACUUCCUGAGUGGUUGUAUUAUUUUAAAGAUGUAAAUAAUAAAUGGGCAGUACCAGAGAAUGUUUGUCCAUAUAAACCAACAGAAGAUCAAUGGGAUAUUUGUCCAGAAUUGAAUAAGACAUUAGAGUCUAACCCAGUACAAUUUACUGUUAAUAACAUUACUACUGUAUAUUCUAUUUCAGAUGUAAAAAAUUUACUUGUUAAUACUAAAUUACCUGUUACAUGGACACAUGGAGUUUAUAAUAAAGUCUUUAGAACAAAAUGUUCAAGACUUAGUGAUCAAACAAAAAAUGCGGAUUGUGUCAACAAGAGAAUUCCAUGUGAAGGAGAUUAUUGCUAUGAGAUAGAAAUAUCAUCAUUUGAUAAUAAUGGAGUUUUUGAUAUUACUGGAAAGUCAUACAUUUCAGGAGUUCAUUCUAUGUUGAUUGUCGGAUGGAAUGAUGAUUUUAGAAUUAAUAGAAAUGCUCAACAUCGUAAGAUAAAUGAAUAUUCUAAAGGUGGAUUUAUUGUAAAGAAUAGUUGGGGAUUUACUGGACAUAGUGCUGGGUAUUGGAUGUCUAAUCAUUCUACUGUCCAAGAAGAUGCUCUUUGUCCUAAUUUUGGAACAUACCAAAAUUGGAUUCCAAUUGAUUAUGAAUGUUUUAAACAAUCAAUGAAUGCAAGUGAAUGUGCUAAUGGAUUUUAUAGAAUUGUUCAAUUACAACGAUAUAAUGAUGGUACUAUCUUAAAAUGUUCUGAAAUGGCAAAGAAUAUGGAAUAUGCUACAGCACUUGGAUUUGAUUAUUGUGCAAGAGAAGAGAAUAAAGGAAAGGAAUUACGAUUUGCUUUACAAUCAGAAAAGAAUGUUCAAGUGAUUUAUACAUCUGCCCCAAUGGUAAAAAUAAGAUACACCAAUUCAGAAGAAGGUCAAGCAAAAUUCUAUCUUAUGGUAUGGGAGGACGGAUCAAAUACAGUAGAAGAAGUUAUUACUGACCCAACAACAUAUCAAGAAUUAGAAAAGUUAUUUGUUCCAGUGGUGUCAGUAGAGAAUACUAAAUAUUGUGGGUACUAUUUUAUUCCUUAUGAUGUUUUUAAAUUUGGUAAUUCAAGGUUCUUGAAUUAUGGAGAUGACACAAUUGCCUUUAGUUCAUUCAAUAUAACAUUCGACAAAACCUCAUUCUUAGAUGAAAAGAAUGGUGGAUAUAACUAUUCUGCUUUAGAAAAAGAAGUGCAAAUUAAUAAAUUUACACCAUUAGAUUUUUAA